AUGGCAGAGCACGUAAUUAAGUUAUCAACCGAAGCGCCCGAUGUGAGCGACUCCGAAGUAAGUUCCCUCUGCGGCAGUGAGCUGGAGCUGGAGAUGGCCUGGGGUGAAGGUCCCAUCGCACCGCUGCGCACCGAGGCUGCUGCUGACGACGGCGCCACCAAGAAGAACCUCAUCGCGGGUGUGGAGCGCUCCGGCAGCAACGGAAACGGCUCCAGCCGCGCGCGCACGCCGCAGAAGCGUGGCAGUGAGUCGCCACUAGCACGUAGUAAGCGGCUAAUCAACAUCCACCCCAUCCGUUCGGCGGGGUACCUGUCUAAGCCCAACGAGCUGCCGUUGGGCGUACGCAAGCAGCAGCGCUGGUUCAACGAUCACCACUUUGGUAACCGAGCAGCAUCUACGCGGUUGGAAGACUUGAUGGAGCACAUGGACAUCAACGUCGAGUGGAGAUCGAAUUUCCAAAAGCUGGCUGAGCCUCAGAAUGAAGACCUGCAGACCGAGUUCCGCAAGGGAGGAGGUGCACAUGAGAACAAUCGGUCCCAUGCUCCACGCAAUCGCCGCAAAGAUGGAUGGAAUGAUGCUGAGCAAAUGUUCACUCGGGUUGAUCGCCGUGCACGGACAUUGAUGCUGCGGUCUUUCAGCUCCUUCGCGCCGUUUAUUGAAGCAGUGGAAUAUGUUGUCUUGCACUUCAUCCAGUGGCGAGAAGUUCCUUCAGAGCUGGAAAUCGCAACACCGCUGUUCCGCAUGUUAAAACACCCGAUUGAGCUGAUGAAGGCAAACGAGAAGGACGUGCGGUUGAUACUGCCACUGCUGGACUCAGCCUUCCAUCGACUGAUCAUUCACAGCGUCUGUCAGUUUUAUGGCGUGCGAUCACGAACCGAAGCGAACCGCCGCUUGAACACGAAAAUCAUGGUCCUGAAGAGCCCCAAGAAGAAAAUUUUGGCCGAUGACGUGGCCCAGAUUUCGCUGUGCGAGUUCAUUCGCGAGACGCGCAUUGCCCGACGCCAAGUCGUCGCUGUGUCACCCGAGAAGGUCGUCGGCAACAGUCAGGCGUUGGAGCUGUCCAAAACCAGCGAGUCUAGCGAGGGCUUUCUGCUGGUAGAGGCUCCGCAGGUCUAA